AUGGCACUGUAUGGACUGUCUAUCACCAUUGGGACACUAGUGACUGGAUUAAACUGCUGUUUGAUGCCUGAUGAUUUUGUAGGAGCAAGGGCUCAUGGUGACAUUAUUAUUGGCGGACUUUUUUCAGUACAUGGUAAAAUGCUGAGCUCGUCUAAGGGAUAUCCACAACAACCAGCUAUUCAGAACUGUGUAGGGUUUGAGAUGCAGGGAUUUCUGCAAAUACUGGCAAUGACCCACACAAUUGAGAUGAUAAACAAUUCCUCACUCAUACCUGGAAUUAAACUUGGAUACGAAAUCUACGACACAUGCUCUGACACCACAUUGGCCAUGUCAGCCGCACUACGUUUUCUUUCUACACACAAUGUUACUGAGGAAAUCCUGGAAUUCAAGUGCAACUAUUCAGAUUAUACACCCAAAGUUAAGGCCGUCAUUGGAGAUAGUUAUUCGGAGGUGUCUAUUGCAGUUGCAAGGUUGCUAAACACACAGCUCAUUCCACAGGUUAGUCAUUCAUCAUCUGCUGAAAUACUGAGUGACAAAUUUCGCUACCCUGCCUUCUUGCGGACAAUACCGAAUGACUCUUAUCAAACUAGAGCAAUGGCUAAACUCAUACAUCACUCUGGUUGGAAUUGGAUCGGACUUAUCGUCAUGGAUGAUGACUAUGGGCGAUCAGCUUUAGAUAACUUUGGAGCUCAAGCUGUUAAAAUCAAUGUUUGCAUUGCUUUUAAAGAAGCCAUACCUUCUCACUUAUCUGACAGUACAGUAGAAUCCCGGAUAGAUGAGACCAUUCACACAAUACUGAGAGAAACCAGAGUGAACAUCAUUGUUGCUUUUCUGAAGCCUUCACUUUUAUUAAAACUGUUUAAAAAAGUAAUGGAAAUGAAAAUACGAAAGACUUGGAUAGCAAGCGAUAGCUGGUCUGUGUCCAGCGGACUUAGUACCAUUCCUAAUAUUCAAAGAAUUGGGACAGUGAUUGGAUUUAUGUUUAAGAGUGGAGAUACUACAUCAUUUAAGGAUUAUUUAAAAAAUUUAAGUCACCAGGACUUUGAGAUGAAUCGUCUUUUAGAUCAAUAUGCAUUUCUUCUGUCUGACUGUCCAAAGAGGAAAUACAAUGAACUGUACGGCUGUGUUAACAAUUAUUCCAAGGAGGCUGUGGUUAAAACAAGCAAGUUUAAAAACAAAUCACUGAGACUGGAUUUUCUAUUGGCUACAGAACAGCCAGGAUUUAUCUUUAGUACUCAGCUGGCAGUGACUGCUAUAGCACAUGCAAUUCGAAAUCUCUGUCUUCAUCGAAACUGCAAGAAUCCAAAUGCUUUUGCACCAUGGGAGCUUUUACAGUCCUUGAAGAACGUAAACUUCACCUACAAUGGUAAAGUUAUUCAUUUUGAUUCUAGAGGAGAUGCCAAUACCGGGUAUGAUGUUCUCAUCUGGAAGGCGGACGCUGAUGGAAAGAUUAAUUUCACCACAUUUGCGGAGUAUGACACACAGAAAGACAUCUUUAACUUUGCUAGUAAGGAGAAAGAAAAUGAGUUCAAACAUUUAAAGAAGAUCCAUUCCCGAUGUUCAGAUGAAUGUAAACCUGGGCAAAUGAAAAAAACAUCUGCAAGUCAGCAUACAUGUUGUUAUGAAUGUGUUGCCUGCCCAGAAAAUCACUAUACCAAUAUUCCAGAUAUGGUUUACUGUAUUAAGUGCAGCAACAAGACUCACUGGUCUCCUGUAAACAGUUCUGUAUGCUACCCAAAGAAGAUUGAAUAUCUCCGCUGGGAUGAUGGCUUUGCGAUCGUUCUCCUUAUGAUUACGUUUUUGGGAGUUUUUGUUAUCAUUGCUAUAGCAUUGUUAUUUGCAAAGAACUUUGAUACACCAGUUGUCAAGGCAUCCGGAGGCAUGCUUUGUUAUGUUAUUCUCCUCUCCAUCCUUUUCAGUUUUGUGAGCACAGUGUUCUUUAUUGGGGAGCCAGUAGACUUUAAGUGUAAAGUACGGCAUACUAUGUUUGGCAUUAGUUUUACAGUGGUAGUGGCGUGCAUUUUACUAAAGUCAAUCAAAAUAUUGCUAGCUUUUACAUUUGAGCCCAACGUCCACAGAAUUUUAAAAUGUCUCUACAAACCAUUUACUUUAGUUUCUGCAUGUACUGGGAUUCAGGUCAUUAUUUGCACUACAUGGCUGGUAUUUUGGUCUCCCUAUAUUAAGGAGAAUUUCUCACUUCCAAAGACCAUUAUAAUGGAAUGUGAUGAAGGCUCCACAGUUGCAUUUAGUAUUGUGUUAGUAUAUAUUGCUAUACUGGCAUUCAUAUGCUUUAUUUUCGCAUUUAGGGGUAGGAAACUGCCAGAAAACUACAAUGAAGCCAAAUUUAUUACAUUUGGUAUGCUGAUUUACUUCAUAGCAUGGAUAACGUUUAUUCCAAUAUAUGCUACAACAUUUGGUAUAUAUUUACCAGCUGUUGAAAUUAUAGUAAUAUUAAUAUCAAAUUAUGGUAUUCUGUCAUGUACAUUUUUACCAAAAUGCUACAUUAUCUUAUAUAAACAAGACACCAAUACAAAAUCUGCUUUCCUUAAAAUGAUCUAUAAAUAUUCAUCCAAAAGUGCCAGCACUCUUACUGUAAGCCAGACCUCAUCCAGUUCCCCCUCAUUACCUGACAGCAGGGAUCCUGUGGCAGACACACCCAGUAGACAAGGAAGCACGUCAGUGAGUUGUAUAAGUAACAGCUUUUCCUUUCAUGAGAGGCUUGCGGCAAGAGACAUAUCUUCCACCAAAAUCAGAGCCCUGCCAAGAAAAAGGUUAUCAAGUAUUUGA